UAUGCACAUGUAGAUGAAGAGUAGAAGAAGAGACUGCAAGCGAAGGAAUAUUUGAAAGCUUCCAUCCGAGAAAUAGUUUGAGCCUAAGAUGGAAGGACGAUGCAUCUCUUGGCUAACAAUUUUAGCUUCCUUUCUCCUUCUUGGCCAAUUUCUCCGGGUCCGAGCGGAUGUUCACUACUAUGAUUUCACGUUGAAAGAAAUGAACGUGACAAAACUCUGCGUUACUGAGAGCAUUUUAAUAGUGAACGACCUCUUUCCUGGACCCGUAAUUCGAGUGCACAAAGGAGACACUCUGUACGUAAACGUGACUAAUAAAGGAGAUUACGGCGUCACUAUUCAUUGGCAUGGGGUAAGGCAACCUGGCAAUCCAUGGUCAGAUGGACCGGUGUUCAUUACACAAUGUCCAAUCCUGCCAGGAUCGUACUUCACAUACGAAGUCAUUUUCUCUCAAGAGGAAGGGACCCUUUGGUGGCAUGCCCACAGUGACUGGACACGAGCGACUGUUAAUGGCGCGAUUGUCAUCGCGCCCAAAGAGGGAACCACAUUUCCAUUCCCGAAGCCCGACGGGGAAGAGGUUAUCGUGCUAGGUUCCUGGUACAGGGGGAAUUUGAACAAAGAGGUGAACAAUGCCAUGGCGAAUGGGAGUGACGUACCACACUCGGGAGGAUGGUUAAUCAAUGGCGAACUUGGAGAUUUUGCCAAUUGCUCUAGUGAAACAACAUAUCGAUGGUCAGUUGAUUAUGGAAAGACAUAUCUUCUUCGGAUAGUCAAUGCGGUGAAUGAUGAUCAGAACUUCUUCGCAAUAGCCGAUCACAACCUCACAAUUGUUGGGUUGGAUGCAGCAUAUAUAAAGCCUAUAGUGACGAGCUAUAUCAUGAUAAGCCCAGGACAAACAAUGGAUGUGCUGCUCACCGCAAAUAGGUCUCUUGGACACUACUACAUGGCUAGUAGACAAUUUUUGACCGAGUCCGCCUACGUAAACAUGGAUAUCGGUUCGGCAAUCAUUGAAUAUACAGGAGACUACAACUUCUCAUCCUCUCCAAUUUUUCCCGAAAACCUCCCUGUGGCUAAGGAUAUGGAACGUGCCAUGAGAUUUACUGGCUUGAUUAGAAGCCUGGCCAAUGAAGAUUAUCCCGUAAGUGUCCCAUUAAAUGUCACCACGAAGAUGUUCAUAGUGAUAUCCAUGAACUAUCUUUGCGAAAAUCGUACAAAUUGCCAGGACACCACAGAUCAUGUCAUCCUAGCGUCAAGCAUGAAUAACAUUAGUUGGGCCAACCCAACCGUGGACGUCCUGCAGGCUUAUUACAGGAAUAUAAGUGGAUAUUACACAACCAACUUUCCUGAUUGGCCUUCGGUCAUGUACAAUUUUACAGCGCAAGACAUUAGUUUUGAUUUUGCUGUUACAGAUCAAGCGACAAAGGUUAAGGUUUUGAACUACAAUGAAUCAGUGGAGAUAGUGUUUCAAGGAACCGAUCUCAUAGCUGGGUCUGGCGUUCACCCAAUGCAUAUGCAUGGUUACAGCUUCUAUGUGGUUGGAAUGGGCCAAGGAAAUUUCGACAAUGAGACGGAUCCUCUGAUAUAUAAUUUGGUUGAUCCCCCAAAAGCUAACACUUUUAUAGUCCCAAAGAAUGGAUGGCUAGCCAUCAGAUUCGUCGCAGAUAAUCCAGGUGUUUGGUUUUGGCAUUGUCACUUUGACCGACAUCUCAGCUGGGGUAUGGACACUGUUUUCAUAGUGAAGAAUGGAAACACUGAGGAAACAAGCAUUCGUCCGCCCCCUUCCAACAUGCCUGCUUGCAUCUUCAAUAAGCACAACAUCUCCAUCAGUAAAUGGAGCGAUAAUAAUGCUGGUGAUGAUCAAGAUUACCUUGAAGAAUAGAUGCUUGUGCUUUUGCAGUUAGAUAUAUUGUUUCAAUCAUAUAGAAAAUAGAAUACCUAAAAGAAGAUUGUACUAAGAAAGUGGAUGUAAUGUAGUGGCACACGAACCUUGCCUCGGAUCCGAGAGAUUUUAGGUUCAGUUAAGUCCUAUUUCAUCUAUUCGUGAGAAGGACAAUCUGCACAAAAGUUGUAUGAACCUAGAAAAUACCAGUACCUGGGGUUAUAUAUUUCCAAAUAAAGGGGCAUCGAAUGUCCCACUCGGUGAGGCUGGAACCUGGAACAUUUUCAUUCUUA